AUGUAUGCUGAACCCACUUGGCAGGGCAUUCCGUCCCGAAUCAAACAAGAUAUUGUGACUAGUUUGGAUUAUAGGUCAAGAUUCCGUCUUCGAGUUUGUUUGAAAAGCGACCAAUACUUAGUGGAUAAUUCACCAAUAAUCCUGGAAGGGUUGAAAAUAUUAUGGAGACCAUCAGGUUUCGCUCUUGCUGUCAAAAAAGAUGGAAAAGUAUCAGAAAUACACGACAACUCCACUGAAAAACUCAUCAAUCUUUUCUUCGACGUCUUCAAAGUAAAAAGAUCAAAUCAGUAUGAAUUAUCACAACUGUUCUCAACACUUGCCGCAGAUCUGGUUUUUGUAGUAACCCUCGAAUUCAAGAAAUUACAAGGAUACGUUUGUAACAGAAGAACUAUCAAUGAAGACUUUGAGGAAUUCAGCAAAUGGGAUAAUGCGCCCUUUGCGUUUCUUCGAUCGAAUCCAUCAAAUUGA